AUGAAGCUAUUAAAAGAGGGUCAUGCGCGGGCGAAGUCGAACAGAACCCCAUCGACUGAGCAUGCGUCGUCCUCUGGAAAGGGGCUUGAAGGUCUUGCAGAGCCUAUUAAGCGGGCUAAGGAGUGGUGCUAUGGGGAAAGCCCACUAAGGUAUAGGCUAUCCGGCAUCAUCUCGCUUUCAAAAAGGGUAUCCAUUCUUCGACUUGACCAGAAUCACCUGAAAUUGCUUCUAGUGGCCUCUGGCCAAUUCCCUGCUUGCUUCAAGUCAUUGUUAGCAAUGGAGUCAUUUCCACUCAACUCUGAUGGAUUAGUUGAUCGCAUAGACGCCCCUGGGAGUCUCAUCAUGUUUGCUUUAGAGUUAUCUUUCUCGGUGAUGGUUGAGGGACAGUGGCACAAUGGCGAUUGCACCCGAUUGAGUGUGGAGAGGGGCCGUAAGUCGCUGAACCGCUACGCAGCGAAUAGGACGAAUGAAGGUAUCUUUACUCCUGAUGACCGCCUAUCUCUUAACAGACCCUUCGUCUUGUUCGCCAACUACAGCGGAUAUAAAGUCAGCUCUUUCAGAUCCUCUCCUUUUAGUCGAGCCACUUCGUGUCCUUCUAGUUCGCCAAUCGGUGAUGCUCUUUCAGACUCUUCGCGGGGUCGGUUCAACCAUCCCCUUUACGACAUGAUUCACUCCGUUGAGAAGCAGAUUUCGAAAAAGCAAGCUCGGGUGGAGGAGGAAUUUAGUACCAAAAGCAAGCCGGUUCAGCCCCCCCUACUAAGCAUACGUUUAUUACCAGAUCCGAUAACAGCGAUUCUCCGUCUCUGA